CUAAUUAGUGCAUUUAUCGUAGAAUCAAUGACAUAGCCGAAAAAGUCACGUGGUACAGGCACCUUGAUGGAAUGUAGCCUAUAAAAAGGUAGCAUGUAAACUUUUACGUCACUUCCUCCUACUUGUCAAAUCCUGACUGGAUUGUGGAGUGCAAGUUUGUUGAUAUAUGUUCCUGUGCAGCAACCGGUGAAACAAAAUGUCAGCGAGAGGUGGCAAGAGAAAGGCAAAGGUUUUGUCAAAAUCUGCCCGGUCAGGUGUGCUUUUCCCGGUUGCUAGAAUGCAAAGAUAUCUGAAAAGGGAUACACAUCAUUUCCGAAUAGGGGGAGGUGCGCCAGUGUACAUGGCAGCAGUCAUCGAGUACCUCACUGCUGAAAUUCUUGAACUAGCCGGAAAUGCAGCCCGUGAUAACAAGAAAGGGAGAGUAACACCUAGACACAUUCUUUUGGCAGUAGCAAAUGACGAAGAACUGCAUCAGUUACUAAAGCAUGUAACUAUAGCUUCUGGUGGUGUUAUCCCAAGGAUUCACCCCGAGCUUCUAGUCAGAAAGAAAGGUGGGAAGGUGAUACCUCUAAUCAAGCCCCCUGUAACAGCAGCCUCAUCACCGGCACAUAAGGCAAAAGCAGCAUCAGCUGCUAAAAAAGCUACUACAAAAACAGGUGGAAGGAAAGGUCCACAAGCAAAAGCUACAGUUGAUGUUGCUGAUGCCCCAUCACCAGCAGGGACAGGAAAAGGAACCACUGCCGGAGGGUUCACAAUUCUCUCUGAAAGAAAACUCUUCCUUGGACAGAAGUUGACUGUUCUACAAGGAGACAUAACCAAGGUUACAGCAGAUGCUAUUGUUCAUCCAACUGGCAGCAACUUCUAUAUGGGUGGUGAAGUUGGUUCAGCAAUCAAGAAAGCAGGUGGCAAUGAAUUUGUGGAUGAAGUUAAGUCCCUCCAGAAAACACACGGGUCUUUGGAUGUGGCAAAUGCGGCUGUGUCUCCUGGUAAGAACUUCCCAGCAAAGUACGUGAUUCACGUGAACAGCCCUGGCUGGAACUCCCCCAACUGCCAGCAAAUGCUCGACACAGCAGUGAAGAAUGUGCUGAAAGUGGCUGAUGAGAAGAAUCUCAAAUCAAUAGCACUGCCCAACAUCAGCAGUGGAAAUGCGGGUUUCCCCAAACAGACGGCAGCUCAGUUGAUACUCCGGGCAAUCAGCGAUUACUUUUCAGGCAGCACGACCAGCAGCAUCAAGCAGGUGUACUUUGUUCUGUACGAUGUUGAAAGUGUCACUGUCUACACCACUGAACUGCAGAGACUCGACGCUUGAUCUCUCAUCCACUCAUAUAUAAGCCUCAUUCGUGACAAAAACUGGAAUAAGUGCAUGUGUGAAAAGUGUUGUCCCUGAUUAGAUCAGGGGCGACACUGCACUUUUAUGGAUAAUCAAUUAAAGGAAGUAUCUUCUAACCAAGACUGAACAG